AUGGGAAAGAAAGGUAGCUUGAUUUUUUCCGAGCAACUACAGAAACCAUGGUUUGUUCAAGAAAAAAUUUAGUAAAUUUUGUUUUUUUCUUACCCUAGAACAUCAUGUCUCUCGUCCAGACUCCAUCAGGUAAGUAAGCCAGCACCAUCUCCAUACCUUCCAACCACCACCACAGGCAAGAAGAAAGAGCCAGAGGAGGUGGAGGAGGAGAUACCUGAGGAGUUCAAGGACCUCUCCACCCCCAUGCUUUUGGAGAAAAUACAAGGUUUGCAGUACCGGUUAGUCAAGGUCUCGAAAGAAAGGAACUAUAUGCAACUCGAAAAUGACAUGGUGCACAGGUUUUAUUAUGGCUGAUGAUCUCUCUCUUUUUUACUUACAACAACUUCUAGAAGAAAUCUCUAUCUUUGUAAAACGUCGUACUUCCCCACUCUCCUUCCUACCUCCUCAUGCAUUACCUCCUUACCCCGUAAAACGUCGUACUUCAUCCCCACUUCUCUCCUUCCUACCUCCUCAUGCAUUUCUCACCUUUUCUAACGUCCCGAAAUCACAAAGCAAGAGGUGAAGCAAUGCGAUGCGGAGAUAUCGAACAAGAGCUCAAAACAGGAGAUGAUAGAGCGAGAUCAUAGAACGCAUCUAAAAGUCCAUGAGCAGAAAGUUCUCAAUCUAGAGUACUACUUUGUUUUUUACUGGCUGUAGGAAAACGUUUUCGUUUAGGUUUUUUUUGAAUGCAGUUCUGUUUGCUAGUGCUAUUUGAUUGUUUACUUAGUCCGUAAAUACAUCGUACCCCAAUAGAUGUGCGUUCGCUAGUUGGUGCACACAGUAGUAGGACAGAAAUAGAACGCUGCGUCUUCUGUCAUAUUACAACCGCAUCCUAAAAUCAAAGGUACGAGCACAAGAACAACCGAAGAUUAGUGUUGGCGGAUGGGGAGGAGAGUGUAUUGGCGGAGAAGGAGGUCCACAAAGCAAAGACAUCGGGACUUAGUACUUGAUAUUUCAGGAAAAUCAAAAUUAGAAUUUUAGUUUUGCUCCUCGUAGGAUCAUAAUAUUGAAUGGUGUCCUAAUAUUCAUUAUACUUGUCGGUCGUCGUGCAAGUGCAUGACUUUGCGGUACUACAUCAUUAGAUCUUGUUCAUCGGUACUAGACAUCUUCAUAGUAUAAGGUGCAGUUUAACUACAAGCACUCUUGUUCCAGUACGCGUCUAAGGGAAAGCUAUGCUUUCCCCUAUCACCUUCGGUGCAGACCCUAGUGUCUCUCUCGAUAAAACCUUCAACAGCUUCAACAAAGGACCAGUUGAAGCAGGAUGGGCAGACGAGGAAGUUAGCUGAUCAGGAGGACUUGCGGAUGCUAAAAACGGGGUUUGAACGUACUACUGCCUUCUAGUAAGUGCUGUUUCGUAGUUUGUUCUUAGAAAUAGAAUAGAAGUUAACUAAGCUGUUGUACUUGAUCAUAGUAUAAGUGUAUGGUCUUUCUUGAAUCAUUUUUAGGAUCGAUCUCGACAUUGAAGAUUUGUCUGGAAAUCCUUUUAUUUCCCGGUGGAGGUACUAGUGAAAACCAAGUCGGACCACGACCACGAGGACCUGAUGAAAUCUACUUUACCAACCUGCAGCUCAUCUUCCCUCCCUUCGCUUCAUUCCUCCCUGUCCUUCCUCACUAGGUAACCUGAAAAAGCUCCGAGAAACGUUCGAGGGGAACCACGGCCAAUUAGAAAAGAGCUACGAAGAGCAGAUAGCGGAGCUGAAGAGGGAUUUGGAGCUAAAACGGAAGUGCGAAAUCCAUGAAAUAGAAGAGAGGAAAAAUCAGCACAUCAACGACCUGCUGAGUAAUCACCAAGAAGCGUUCGACCAAAUCAAGGGAUAUUAUAAUGGUACUUUGAAUUGGCCGCACAUGUAUGGAUGUUAAAAACACGCUAGCAUUCUUCCUUCAUCCCUUUGCUUGUGGAUUCCCUUCUUUGGAUGACGAGCCUGUAGUUAUAAUCAUCACGUUCAAAUAAAACACUUCAACAGAUAUCACGCACGACAACCUUCAACUGAUUAAGAGUCUGAAGGAAGAGAUUUAUGAUAUGAAGACGCAAGAGAAGACGAAUUUGGCCAGAAUGAAAUCGCUAACCCUCGGCAACCAGCAUCUCGCAGAACCGCUCAAGCAGAAAGAACAAACGAGAUUGGAGUUGCAGAACCAGUUGAAGAGGUAAACUAGACCACUAGUUUAACUUCUUUGUUUGUUUAACUCUAGUUUAACUUUCUUACUUACCUUGUUCUCUUUCUCUUAAGGCCAUAUCCAGAUUAUGGCCUUUCUAUUUUAAGUACUUGACUGCGUAAAGUGUUCCACUUUUUUCUUGCAACUACCUGCAUCUUCCAGUUCUGCUUUUUCCAUCCUCAUCAUAUUUGAUAUUUCCUUUUUCUCCGCUCCGCUCCCUCAGCUACGGUAAAGACAAGCUCGCUCUGAAGAACCUAGUGGCACGAGCGCAAAUGCUAGACACGGAAAUCAAGGAGAGUAACGCCAACUGGAGGACAGCGAAUGAGACUUUUUCGAAGACCGAGAAGGAAAGAGACGAACUCUAUCACCAAUUUGCGAAGGGCGUAGCAGACUUGAAGAAGAGGAGCGAAUAUAAGAAUGUGGUACUGUGAUGGAUGAACUUGAACAAUAGGAAUGAUAUUUACUGUUGUUUUUAACACGACGGUUCGUUUUUACCUCUAGCGUGUAGCCCUUCCGACAAAAAACUGCUUUUAACGCGAUGCGCGUCUGCUGUUUGUUGUAGCUCGAGGAAGAUUCAGUUUUCAGAUUUUUCCCUGACAAGUUCUUAAAAGCGCUACUCUCUAGUGCUCAAUAAACACGACCACCAUGUCCCUUCCAACACACAACUACCUUAACCUCACCCUAAGGUCCUCGAACGGAAACUAGAACUGCUUCAGUCGGAAUUCCAACAGAAGCAGAUACAGUUAUCGGAGGUCCUCACGAGUGCCAAAUUAGACCCAGCAGUGGUCCAGAACGUGACCAAGAAACUCGAGUCUGUGUUGUUAUGGCAAGUAGAAUCAAUGGAGGCUUCAGUCGAUUCAUGUAUGCUUCAGUCGAUUCAUGUAGGUAUCCAUACCAGAAGUGGAAGUACGAGUAGUUUGUUGUACUUGUAUGCCGUUUGUAAAUGUAGUACAGAGAUGAAGCAGGAGAUCAUGAAAGGGGAACAUCACAUAGCAGGAGAUAGAGCAGAAACACGAUAGUGGUCUCCUCAGAUACAACUGGUGCUGUACUGCGAGAAGAUCGCAUCCUCUAACCCCUCUCCAGAAGAACACCCUAGUCAAGGAUCUCGAGUACCAGAUCCACCUUGCGAUGAAGCAAUUCAACGAAACGCUCAAGGUGUACGAGGCGAAGUUGAUCACGUUCGGCGUACCUACGGAGGAAGUAGGCCUCCAGGCUCUAGCCUCCAGCACGUUGGGACCCGUAAGCGAGAUGCCAGCAGGCCUGGUGGUGAAGAGGUGACGAAGAGCAGAAGGGUGGAAUUUUCUCUCUUUGCACAUCUCGACGCUUUCGCCUACCACGUUUCUGUGAAAAUGUGAAUUAAUUUGUCAUAUGUUCUCUGAUGUUACUGGUUUGAUGUUACAACACUUCAUCUCUGUUAAAUUUCUCCUGUUACAACGACCUAGAAGAAGAUUCUGUUUCUGUUACAAUGUUCAAAUUCGCUUAAAUUCUGUUCUUGUUCCAAAAUCGCACUGACAGAAGAGUUUUUAGUUCAUACCAUUCCGCUUAGUGUGAUUUGAUAGAUUCUAAGUCCUGUCAAAGUUUUAUUUACGCUUCAUGGCAAUUGACUGUCAAAAUUUAAGGACAACGAUGAACUAAGAACUGUGAUCAACAGUAGAGUCAAUGCGAAACGAAAAAAAUCAAAAGAAAGAAGAUCCACAAAAGAAUAACCUUCAUCGCGGUAAUAAACAAC